AUGGCCUUCUUCUCGGUGAGCUCCACCAUCUGUCUCGUGCUCCUCGCUGUCGUCACGGCCAUGCCAGAUCGCGACUCCGUGGACCGAGUGAGCCGCGACACCGUCACGACUGUAGUCAAGACAGUGACCGCAUCGAUCCGUAAGUGUACGGCUGAAGAGCUGACUGCGGGAUGCACCGAGGCGCCCAACGACUUCGGACCUGACAAAAAGUCGUGCACCUGCUCCGUAGGCCGUGUGCGACGUGCUCCCGAUGCCGAGGAAGAAGCGAAGACCACUGUCGAGGAACGUGGAUGCACCCAUGAGGAGAUGUUCGACAAGCACUGCACUCUUGUCGCUGAUAUCGGGCAGCCACUUCGCUGCAAGUGCCCUGUA